AUGAGCAUGAUGAACUCCAUGUCCCGCAUGCGUGGCCAGGAGAAGGGCCCCGGCUACACGCAGACAGAGGCCAUCCUCGGGGAGUCCAUGCAGAAGUUUGGCCGUGAGCUGGGAGAGGAUUCCAGCUUCGGCCAGGCGCUAGUGGAAGUGGGAGAGUCCAUGCGUGAGCUGGCGGAGGUGAAGGACGCUCUGGACAUGGAGGUCAAGCAGAACUUCAUCGAUCCAAUGCAGAAUCUUCACGAAAAAGACCUUAAAGAAAUCCAGCACCACCUGAAGAAGAUGGAGGGCCGUCGCUUGGAUUUUGACUACAAGAAGAAGCGGCAGGGCAAAGUGACGGAGGACGAUCUCAAAGUCACUCUGGAGAAGUUCGACGACUCCAAGGAGAUCGCCGAGCAAAGCAUGUUCAACCUCUUGGAAAGCGACAUCGAGCAGGUGAGCCAGCUGGCUGCUCUGGUGCACGCUCAGGUCCAGUACCACAGUCGUGCAGCCGAGAUCCUCCAGCAGCUGCAGAGCAACAUUGAUGAACGGAUAAGAGAGACUUCUAAUAAACCCAGAAAAGAGUUCAUUGCCAAGCCCCGCACCUCCCUGGACCUAGUCAUCAGCGAGAACCACAACGGAGGAAUUGGCGGCGCUCGGUCUCCAGGUGCCAGGUCUCCAGCAAGAUCCCCAGCACGGUCACCAGCACCGAUGGACCAGCCCUGCUGUCGUGCCCUGUACGACUUUGACCCCGAGAACGAGGGUGAGCUGGGCUUCAAGGAGGGAGACCUCAUCACCCUCACCAACAAGAUCGACGAUAACUGGCUAGAGGGCAUGCUGCACGGCAACUCGGGCUUCUUCCCCAACAACUACGUGGACGUCCUGGUGCCUCUGCCCAACUAA